AUGGUCGCCAGGCCCGCGGCCUCUGAGGCCAGGAUGCUACUGACCAGGCUUCCCAAGCAGAGCACAGAGCCCAAGAAACACAGAGUCCAACCAUGGAGCAGAGACCACAGCACACAGGGCGACCGUCCCUGCUUGGGAGGCUGCAAUGGGGAAGGCGACGAGAGCUUUUCCUCCCGACUCUUUCUCUUCCCAGGCCUUGCUCUGUACCUUACAGUUUCCUUUCUACUGUGGGGUGAUCCCCCCAAGUUCAGAGGGGAGGACCCCAACUCCACCAUCACUGUGUCUCCCUUCCACGGGACAGUGGACAUCUGUCCCUGGAGCACGUCGGCCAGCCUGCAUGAGCUGAACGCCUUCAGUGCCAACUUCCAGAUCUCCACCAAGGACUUCUACCUGGGGGUGACCUCCCUCUUCCCCUCCAAGCCCGAGGUAGUGGCCGACCACUGCAGACAAGGCUACCCGGAUGCCCUGAGGUUCCUGGAGCGGUGCAGACUCACCAAGGAGCCAGUGCUGUGGACUUUGGUGCCUGAGGAGCCCACGUCCCCAGCUGUUGGGACCCAGGAUGCUGGCCAUGACCAAGACGAGAAGUCAGGCCUGGCUCUGAACUGGGCAGUGCCCAAUGUGGUGGUCAAGGAUGUGCCCAACUUUGAGCAGCUUUCACGGGAGCUGGAGGCCACAAUGAAGAGAGCAUGUGAGGGGGACCUCAGCAUCUGGACCUGCUUCUCCCAGUCACGACCAGUGUGGGUGCUGAAGUACCUGCUGCUACCCUGCACACUGCUCUUUGAGUAUGUCUACUUCCAGAGCAGAAGAGUGGUGGCCUGGCUGCCCAAAAUGCCUGUGGACCUGGGCUGGGUGCAGGGCCUGCUGAGAAUCUGGGCCCUCGACGUCUACUCCAGGAUGAAGGCCUGGUUCGGGCCAGUCAGGCACCUGGGAGCAGGCCCCCUCCAGCCUGGAGCAGCUCCUCCUGCAGCAUUGACCCUGGAGCCUCUGGAUGCCCAUCGGUCCUGA